GUCCUCUGAUAAGACGUCCCCCUGUCCCAUCCAAUCCAGUGGAGGCCUGGCUGUAUAAAAACCAGUGGACCAGGAGCAGGACAUGAUCGAGCCAUGGCCUUCCUGUGGAUCCUCUCCUGCCUCGCCUUCGCCGGCGCCGCCUAUGGUUGCGGUAAUCCCGCCAUCCCUCCCGUCAUCACCGGAUACUCUCGUAUCGUCAACGGUGAGGAGGCGGUGCCUCACUCCUGGCCCUGGCAGGUGUCCCUGCAGGACUACACCGGCUUCCACUUCUGCGGCGGCUCUCUCAUCAGUGAGAACUGGGUGGUGACCGCUGCUCACUGCAACGUCAGGACUUCCCACCGUGUGGUUCUUGGAGAACACGACCGUUCCUCCAACUCUGAGAGCAUCCAGGUCAUGACGGUCGGCAAGGUGUUCAAGCACCCCAAGUACAACAGCUACACCAUCAACAACGACAUCACGCUCAUCAAGCUUGCCAACCCCGCUCAGCUGAACAUCCGUGUUUCUCCCGUGUGCGUGGCUGAGACCGGAGACAACUUCUCUGGAGGCAUGAAGUGUGUGACGUCCGGCUGGGGCCUGACCCGCUACAACGCCGCCGACACCCCCGCCCUCCUGCAGCAGGCCGCCCUGCCUCUGCUGACCAACGAUAACUGCAGUCGCUACUGGGGCAGUAGGAUCACCGACCUGAUGAUCUGCGCUGGCGCCUCUGGAGCCUCUUCCUGCAUGGGUGACUCCGGCGGUCCUCUGGUCUGCCAGAAGGCCGGAGCCUGGACCCUGGUGGGCAUCGUGUCCUGGGGCAGCGGAACCUGCAGCACCUCCAUGCCCGGCGUCUACGCUCGUGUCACCGAGCUGCGCUCCUGGAUGGACCAGACCAUCGCUGCCAACUGAGCAUGUCAGAAAGAACAGCUUCAGUCUGAUCUGAAUAAAACCCAGAAACUCUGA